GAGAGUUCGGUUGAGAGGGUGCUGGAUGGUGGGGGAGAGUACCACUGAUGAGAGAGCGGGCGACAGAAAGGACCGUUUUAGCAUUCACUGAGGGAUUAUUAAGCUGAUCUUUUGGAAACUGAGAAACACCCGGACAGGUUUUAUCAAUUUACUGCUCGUGGCGGCCUGGAGUGUUGUACUUCGGGUUUCCAAAAGUGAUGUCACAGAGGAGUGGGCAGGAGGACCCGGAGCGGUACCUCUUUGUGGACCGCGCCGUGGUAUACAACCCGGCCGCACAGGCAGACUGGACAGCCAAGAGGCUUAUAUGGAUCCCGUCAGAGCGCCACGGCUUUGAGGCUGCGAGCAUUCGCGAGGAACGUGGAGAUGAAGUGGUGGUGGAGCUAGCAGAGAAUGGAAAGAAGGCUGUGGUCAACAAGGAUGACAUCCAAAAGAUGAAUCCACCCAAGUUCACCAAAGUAGAAGAUAUGGCUGAGCUCACCUGCUUGAAUGAGGCGUCUGUGCUUCAUAACCUCAAAGACCGAUACUACUCCGGCCUCAUAUAUACCUACUCCGGUCUCUUCUGCGUGGUCAUUAAUCCAUACAAAAACCUUCCCAUCUACUCGGAGAACAUCAUUGAGAUGUACAGGGGCAAGAAGAGGCAUGAAAUGCCCCCUCACAUAUACGCCAUCUCUGAAUCUGCAUACAGAUGCAUGCUCCAAGAUCGAGAGGACCAGUCCAUCCUUUGCACAGGCGAGUCAGGAGCUGGUAAGACAGAAAACACAAAAAAGGUCAUUCAGUACCUGGCGCAUGUUGCUUCCUCCCACAAAGGAAGAAAAGACCACAACAUUCCUCCCGAAUCACCAAAACCAGUGAAACUACAGGCACAAAAUGCAGUUAGUGGACCCCUGUUUUAUGGUGAACUGGAACGUCAGCUUUUACAAGCCAACCCCAUCCUCGAGUCCUUUGGCAAUGCAAAGACUGUGAAAAAUGACAACUCAUCACGUUUUGGGAAAUUUAUCCGGAUCAACUUCGAUGUCACCGGCUACAUCGUUGGGGCCAAUAUCGAAACUUACUUGCUGGAGAAAUCCAGAGCUAUUCGUCAAGCCAAAGAUGAGCGAACCUUCCACAUUUUUUACCAGCUGCUAGCCGGAGCUGGCGAGCACCUCAGAUCAGAUCUACUUUUGGAGGGAUUCAAUAACUACCGCUUCCUGUCCAACGGUAACAUCCCCAUACCAGGCCAGCAGGACAAAGACAACUUCCAUGAGACCAUGGAAGCCAUGCACAUCAUGAGCUUCGCCCAUGAUGAGAUAAUGGCCAUGUUGAAGGUGGUUUCCUCUGUGCUUCAGUUUGGCAACAUUGUCUUCAAGAAGGAGAGAAACACUGACCAAGCCUCCAUGCCGGACAAUACUGCUGCUCAGAAACUGUGUCACCUGCUUGGUAUGAAUGUGAUGGAGUUUACCAGAGCCAUCCUGUCACCAAGAAUCAAAGUGGGAAGAGAACACGUCCAGAAAGCUCAGACCAAGGAGCAGGCUGAUUUUGCUGUUGAGGCUCUGGCUAAAGCAACAUACGAGCGUCUGUUUCGCUGGCUGGUCCAUCGAAUUAAUAAAGCUCUGGACAGAACCAAACGGCAGGGGGCCUCUUUCAUCGGCAUUCUGGACAUCGCUGGUUUUGAAAUUUUCCAGCUAAACUCAUUUGAGCAGCUGUGCAUCAACUACACCAAUGAGAAGCUUCAGCAGCUCUUCAACCACACCAUGUUCAUCCUGGAGCAGGAGGAGUACCAGAGAGAGGGCAUCGAGUGGAGCUUCAUCGACUUCGGCCUGGACCUGCAGCCCUGCAUCGACCUCAUUGAGAGGCCGGCGAACCCUCCAGGAGUGUUAGCUCUGCUGGAUGAAGAGUGCUGGUUCCCUAAGGCCACAGACAAGACCUUUGUAGACAAGCUGAUCCAGGAGCAGGGCACUCACACCAAGUUUCAAAGACCCCGCCAGCUUAAAGAUAAGGCCGACUUCUGCAUCAUCCACUAUGCUGGCAAGGUCGACUACAAGGCAGAUGAGUGGCUGAUGAAGAACAUGGACCCCCUGAAUGACAACGUAGCCACACUUCUGCAUCAGUCCACUGACAAAUUUGUGGCUGAACUUUGGAAAGACGUCGAUCGGAUCGUGGGUCUGGACCAGGUGGCGGGAAUGAAUGAGACGGCGUUUGGUGCCACCUACAAAACGAAAAAGGGCAUGUUUCGUACAGUCGGGCAGCUCUACAAAGAGUCACUCACCAAACUCAUGGCCACCCUGAGGAACACCAACCCUAACUUUGUUCGCUGCAUCAUCCCCAACCACGAAAAAAGAGCUGGGAAACUGGAGCCUCACCUGGUUCUGGACCAGCUGAGGUGUAAUGGAGUCUUGGAGGGGAUUCGUAUCUGCAGACAGGGCUUCCCCAACCGCAUCGUCUUCCAGGAGUUCAGACAGAGAUAUGAAAUCCUGACACCCAACGCCAUCCCCAAGGGAUUCAUGGAUGGAAAGCAAGCCUGCGAGAGAAUGAUUCAAGCCCUGGAGCUGGAUCCCAACCUGUUCCGUAUUGGUCAGAGUAAGAUCUUCUUCAGGACUGGUGUCCUGGCCCAUCUGGAGGAGGAAAGGGACCUGAAGAUCACCGACGUCAUCAUCUACUUCCAGUCUGUGUGCCGUGGAUACUUAGCACGCAAAGCGUUUGCUAAAAAGCAGCAGCAGCUGAGCGCCCUGAAGGUCCUCCAGAGAAACUGUGCUGCUUACCUGAAGCUGCGACACUGGCAGUGGUGGAGGCUCUUCACCAAGGUGAAGCCAUUGCUGCAGGUCACCAGGCAGGAAGAAGAGCUACAAGCCAAAGACGAGGAACUGAUAAAGGUGAAGGAGAGGCAGCUGAAGGUGGAGAACGAGAUGGUGGAGAUGGAGAGGAAACACCAGCAGCUCCUCGAGGAGAAGAAUAUUCUGGCAGAGCAACUCCACGCAGAGACGGAGCUGUUUGCUGAGGCCGAAGAGAUGAGAGUUCGUCUCCUCUCUCGGAAACAAGAGUUGGAGGAGAUCCUUCAUGACCUGGAGUCCAGGGUGGAGGAAGAGGAGGAAAGAAACCAGAGUCUGCAGAAUGAGAAGAAGAAGAUGCAGUCCCACAUCCAGGACUUGGAAGAACAGCUCGAUGAGGAGGAAGCAGCAAGACAGAAGCUGCAGCUGGAUAAAGUGACGGCGGAGGCAAAGAUCAAGAAGAUGGAGGAAGACAUUCUGAUGCUGGAAGACCAAAACUCCAAGUUCCUCAAGGAAAAAAAGCUGCUGGAGGACAGGAUUGUGGAGAUGACCUCCCAGCUGACAGAAGAAGAGGAGAAAGCAAAGAAUCUUGGCAAGGUCAAGAACAAGCAAGAGAUGAUGAUGGUCGAUCUUGAGGAGCGUUUAAAGAAGGAGGAGAAAACGCGGCAGGAGCUGGAGAAGGCCAAACGCAAACUAGAUGCUGAGACAACCGACCUGCAGGACCAGAUAGCUGAGCUUCAGGCUCAGAUAGAGGAGCUAAAGAUGCAGCUGACCAAAAAGGAGGAGGAGCUGCAGGCUGCGCUGGCCAGGAGCGAUGACGAAACCGUCCAGAAAAACAACGCCUUAAAGCAGGUUCGAGAGCUCCAGGCCCAGCUAGCCGAGCUCCAGGAGGAUCUGGAGUCGGAGAAACUGUGUCGAAGCAAAGCUGAGAAGCUGAAGAGGGAUCUGAGCGAGGAGCUGGAAGCUCUGAAGACCGAGUUGGAAGACACAUUGGACACAACAGCUGCCCAGCAGGAACUCAGGUCCAAACGUGAGCAGGAGGUGGCCGAGCUAAAGAAGGCCAUAGAUGAGGAGACCAAAAACCACGAGGCUCAGAUCCAGGACAUGAGGCAGAGGCAUGCCACGGCACUGGAAGAGCUGUCUGAGCAGCUGGACCAGGCCAAGAGGUUCAAGGCCAACCUGGAGAAGAACAAGCAGUGUCUGGAGAGUGAUAACAAAGAGCUGGCGUGUGAGGUGAAGAGUCUCCAACAGACCAAGGCAGAGUCGGAAUACAAGAGGAAGAAAGUGGAGGGGCAGCUGCAGGAGUAUAUGGCCAGGGCCACCGAGGUGGAGAGGGCCAAAGGAGAGCUGACUGACCGCUCACACAAGCUGCAAAUGGAGCUGGACAACGUUUCUGCUUUUCUGGAGGAGGCGGAGAAGAAAGGUGUGAAACUGGCCAAAGAAGUUGACAACCUGAACAGCAAACUGCAAGACUCUGAGGAGUUGCUGCAGGAGGAGACACGUCAGAAGCUGAACCUGAGCACCCAGAUCCGCCAGCUGGAGGUGGAAAAGAGCAACUUGCUGGAGCAGCAGGAGGAGGAAGAGGAGGCACGACACAGCCUGGAGAAACAGCUGCAGACGGUGCAGGCUCAGCUGUUUGAGACCAAGAAGAAGCUGGAGGAGGAUGUAGGAGCGUUGGACAGUCUGGAGGAGGUGAAGAGGAAACUCCAGAAAGACAUGGAGCUCACCACCCAGCAUCUGGAGGAGAAGACCAUGGCCAUGGACAAGAUGGAGAAGACCAAGAACAGACUGCAGCAGGAGCUGGACGACCAGAUGGUGGAGCUGGACCACCAGAGGCAGAUCGUGUCCAACCUGGAAAAGAAGCAAAAGAAGUUUGACCAGAUGCUGGCUGAGGAGAAGACCGUCUCAGCUCGCUAUGCUGAGGAACGGGACCGAGCAGAAGCUGAGUCCAGAGAGAAGGAGACCAAGACUCUGUCUUUGGCCAAAGCUCUGGAGGAGGCUUUGGAUGCCAAAGAGGAGCUGGAGAGGUUUAACAAGCAGCUCCGCGCUGAGAUGGAGGACCUGAUGAGCUCCAAGGAUGACGUGGGAAAGAACGUCCAUGAACUGGAGAAGUCCAAGCGUACCCUGGAGCAACAAGUGGGGGAGAUGAGGACACAGCUGGAGGAGCUGGAGGACGAGCUGCAGGCCACAGAGGACGCCAAACUGCGUCUGGAGGUCAACAUGCAGGCUAUGAAGGCUCAGUUUGACCGAGAUCUGCAAGCCAGAGAUGAGCAGGGAGAGGAGAAGAAGAGGGCGCUGGUCAAACAGGUGCGUGAGAUGGAGGCAGAGCUGGAGGACGAGAGGAAGCAGAGGACUCUGGCUAUCGCUGCCAGGAAGAAGCUGGAGAUGGACCUGAAUGAGCUGGAGGGUCAGAUUGAAGCUGCCAACAAAGGCAGAGAAGAAGCCAUCAAACAGCUCAAAAAACUCCAGGCUCAGAUGAAGGACUAUCAGAGGGAGCUGGAGGAGGCCAGAGCCUCCAGGGACGAGAUCUUCGCUCAGUCCAAAGAAAACGAGAAGAAAUUCAAGAGCUUAGAAGCUGAAAUCUUGCAGCUUCAGGAGGACCAUGCAGCAUCUGAGAGGGCACGAAGACACGCUGAGCAGGAGAGAGACGAGCUGGCUGAUGAGAUCUCCAACAGCACUGCUGGAAAGUCGUCUCUGCUGGAGGAGAAAAGGAGGCUGGAGGCUCGUAUCUCCCAGCUGGAGGAGGAGCUGGAAGAGGAUCAGGGCAACAUGGAGCUGCUCAACGACCGCCUCAGGAAGACCAACAUGCAGGUCGACGGCCUGAACACGGAGUUGGCUGCAGAGCGCAGCGCCGCACAGAAGAGCGAGAACGCCCGGCAGCAGAUGGAGCGGCAGAACAAGGAGUUGAAGGCCAAGCUGGCAGAGCUGGAGGGGGCCGUAAAGUCCAAGUUUAAGGCUUCCAUCACCGCCCUGGAGGCCAAGAUCCUGCAGCUGGAGGAGCAGCUGGAGCAGGAAGCCAAGGAGAGAGCAGCAGCCAACAAAGUCGUCCGGCGUACGGAGAAAAAGCUGAAGGAGGUGAUGAUGCAGGUGGAGGAUGAGCGUCGUCAUGGUGACCAGUACAAAGAGCAGAUGGAGAAGGCCAACUCUCGCAUGAAGCAGCUGAAGCGUCAGCUGGAGGAGGCGGAGGAGGAGGCCACCAGAGCCAACGCCUCCCGCAGGAAGCUGCAGAGGGAGCUGGACGACGCCACCGAGGCCAGCGAGGGUCUCACCAGAGAGGUCAACUCCCUCAAGAACCGCCUCAGGCGAGGCGGUCCAGUCAGCAGCUUCUCCUCCGGCCGCUCGGGCCGCCGCAACCUCAACCUGGACGGCGCCUCCGCUGACAUGUCAGACGACGACGCCGACAGCCGCGCCAGCGACUUCAACGAUGCCCAGGUCUCCAACGUGGAGUAAACACACCUAAACACCCACCUGCAUCCACUUUGCCCCUCAGAAUAUCUGUUAACUCAAAUUUACGCAUUUCACACCACUGAUCGGUGAGGAGACGGGAGCCGGGUUUCCUCCAGCUGGGCAGAUCGAGCCCGGCCCAACGCCUCUGCCAUUUUGUUUUUGGAUUUGUUAACACUGCAGGGAAAAUCCACCGCCCUCCUCAACAACACCCUUGGACAUUUCUGCCUUACUUCGUCAUCCUCUGGAAAAGCUCCCAGUCCUGGCUCAUCCAUCAGCCGAUAUCAAGAUGUAACAUAACCCCGCCCCCCAGCAGUCGUGACAUCAUCAGCUUAACGAGAUCAUACGUGUUAGAUACCAAGUGCUUUUUAUACAAAUGAAACUACGUGAUUUAGAUAAAGGUGUACACAUGAAGUUUGGAAAUGCAGGACUACAAGGAAUAGUUGUUCAUUCUGCCUCCCUCCCUCCCAGUGUUCACUUUUAAACUGGAGUCUCCCGGCCAGGACGCUUCAUCUCCAGCUGCUCCGGACAUGCGAUAGAAAACACGACUCUGAACUGGAAGCGUUUUACUGUGAUUUAUAGAAAAAAAAAAUAGAAGGAAAAAAUGUAUUUUCAUCUCUGUUGCCUCAUCUCAACAUUUACCGAACGAAUGUCUCACCUGGUUUUCUUCUAGGACCUUAAAGCUUGUGAUUAGUUUUGUGUCGUCCACCACUGGGAGCACGACGAGGUGUUUGUUGUGUUUUUUGGGAUGUAAAUUGGCCUGAGCUGCAAAUGAUGCUGGAAGAUGCACAGAACUGCACAUAAAAAUAUUAAACUCUGUUAACUGGAAACACUAAGAGGCGCUCGCCGCCAGCGGGACACUACACGAGUAUUAAACACAUCUUUUUAUUAAAGAUGGCGUCAUCAUCCCUCUGCACUUCAGUGUUUUGUGUUAUCAGAUUUUCUCUCUGUAAACUCAAAAUGUGUUUUAACACUUUGCUGCUCUACAGUCUUUUAAAAUCCUCAAACACUCGCUGCCGUCUGGAUGGAGACAUUUGAUUCUCUGUUUUAGAGGACAUCAUGCUCAGAUUGGUGCUAUGUUACAUCUGCAUUGAAUUUUGGGUAAUGAAGGUGCCAGGUUUUAUGGCAUUUCUCGAACGUGGCACUAACACCUAAACCAAGAAAUACUGGACAAAGUCUCAUUUAUUUAAAUCUGAGGUCUUUAUUUGGCCCUCUACCCCAAUAUUUUUAAUGAAUAAUAAAAAUUUGGAUGUAUGUACAGUUCAGUGAUGUCGGACUUAUUGUAAUGCAGAAUGUAUCCACCAGGGGGCAAAAGACAAGCGUCAGAUUAUGUGCAACAUUUUUACAAAAAGUGAUGAAAUCUGAUGCAUUAAAGGGUUAAAGAGAAAAGUGAGUGUUUUCUGGUUUGAAGAAUGUAGAAAAGCAGAAAGUGUUUCAGAAGUCAGCAAACUUCUCGGUCUGACUCGAAUGUAAUUUGUGCCAUUAAUUAGUUACGUCCCAACUCCUCAGAUGUCCUCCAGACCUUCUCGAGCACUUAGUCUCAGACGGUAGAUGUUAGUCCAUGUUAUAGUCCAGGAUCUUGUAAUCUAGCUGGAUUUCUAUUGAAGCUCUGCGCUGAUGGACGUCUCACCACCACUCAUGUUUUUGAUUUCUUCCGGAUGUGGUCAAGGAUUCCUUGCCCCCCCACUUUUUAAAUGUAAACACUCACAGUAUGUUUCUUUGAAAGUGCCUUAGACACUAAUAGGAACAUAAGUCGGCAAAGAUUGAUGUGGAAAAAAACCAGUACAUGAAUAAAAUGUUCUACACUUUUUCGUCUUUUGUAUUUCGGCUGUGCUUUGUAUCAUAUCCACUUCAUAGUAACCUCUAAGCUUCAAUGUUUGGCUCAGAAUCAGUAUUACAGUGUUAUGAUGAACUAACAUGAGAAUUGGAGACCCCACAUUCCUCCGGUACUGAGGUUAUUUGGGGGAUUUGAGGCGCUGCACAGGAUUUAAUUUGGUUGGAAGCUUUAACAUCCACUAGUUUUCUUUGUAUUAUUAUUAUAAUUAUUAUUCAGCUGGCUGUUGACAACAACUGGGUGUACACCUGCAAAUACUCCCAUCAUGGUUCUACUUGUAUACCUGUAUUUCUAGACAGUGAUUUUCUUUUUCUGUUUUGUUUUUUGUAAAUGUAAAAUAAAGCAUAUUCGUUGUAAA